AUGGUUUGGAAGGUUGGGUGUGGGGAUAAAAUUAAUUUCUGGAAAGAUAAAUGGUUGGGGGAGGAGUGUAACCUUGAGCUGAAGUAUAAUCAGCUGUUUAUGAUUAGUAGACAGCAGACUAAUACCAUCUCUAUGAUGGGAAAUUUUUCUCAGGGUAAUUGGAGUUGGGACUUGAAGUGGAGGAGGAACUUAUUUGACCAUGAGGAUGAUAUUGCAGUGGCUUUUAUGGAAGAAAUCAAUGCUAUUCCUAUUCAGUGUCAUCUGCAGGGUACCAUGUUGUGGAAAGCUGAUCCUAGCGGUGUGUAUUCCCCUAAGUUAGCUUACAGGUUAUUGAUGACUUGUAAUAGACAGGUUUCAGAGGUAAACAUUUUCCAGACAAUUUGGAAGUUGAAAAUCCCCCCAAGGGCUGCGGUUUUCUCUUGGAGACUUAUUAAAGAUAGGCUCCCCACUAGACAUAACCUUCUUAGAAGAAACGUACCCAUUCAGGAAACUGAAUGUCCUCUCUGUGGGAAUGAACAAGAGGAUGCUGGUCACUUGUUUUUCAAUUGCAAAAUGACUAGAGGCUUAUGGUGGGAAUCCAUGAGGUGGAAGCAGGUUGUAGGAGCACUUUCAGUUUCCCCAGCAUCUCACUUUGUCCAAUUCUGUGAUGGUUUUGGGGUAGGGAGAAAUCAUAGCAGAUGGUGUGGAUGA